UAUGCAUAAAAUAACAUUAUUUACAAUUUUAACUUGUAUUUUAUUGAAAAAAUAUAAAGUUGAUUUAUUAAGAAUAAGAGUAGGCGUUGUUGGAAAAUUCAAAAGGGAUCUAAGGAACAUUGCUAAAGAAUUUAAUAUAGAUUUGUACUAUGGACAAUGUAGUAAUAAAUGUUCUUUUCCCCAAACGAUUACAGAUAUAAUUGAUAUGUAUUAUGAUGACGACAUUAAAAUCUUUUUGGGAUCUUUAUAUCUGUUAGAUAGCAGUUUUGCAACACCGUUUAUUUCAGCAGCAAACCUUAUACAAUUCGGUUUAAAGGAAAGGAUUUGUGAAGGCAAAGAGGAUUUAAGGAAUUUUGUUCAAUUAGGACCGGAAUUAAUAUCGUCUAUUUACAGUUCGAAAGGAUUCCUCUUGGAUUAUUUGAAUAAUCAAAAAUGGUGUAGUCUUGCUAUUUUGUACACUGCAAAAAUUCCAGCAGUAAAAUGUAUUGUUAAAAAAUUGUCAUUGGCAUUAAAGAAAGAUAAAUCGAAAGAUGUUCGAACUCGGAUAAUUAAAGAGUACUUUCAAAUUUACGAUGACCUUAAAUACUUUAAAUCCGAAGCGGCUACUCUGUUUAUUAUUACACGAAUUAAUUGUUCAUCUUUCAACGAGGACAAGUGGAUAAUAUCGCAGAACGAGUUAACUUCUAUACCUCUUGAGCCAAAUGAUUUUACUUCAAAAUAUAGGCUUUAUAAGAGAGGUAGCAGUUUAAGGAGAAAACAUAGCGAUAUCAGUAAGGCUUCCAGUGCUCUACUUAGCGGUGGAAGUUAUAGUAAAGCAAGUGCGGCUAGUUUGGCCAGUAGUAUGUCUAAUGAGAAUAUACUCUUUCCAGUUCUACUCCAAUUAAGAACUCAGGCGACCAUCUAUCUUUAUCGGGAUGAGGAGGUUGUCCUUCGGAAAACCGAUAAAUAUACUAUUGUUAAAACUCGACAUCUCAUUAAAGAUAUUAGCAUAAAUGCGGGUCUUAGACAACAGAAUCUUGCUAGAUUCUUUGGUAUUACAGAAACUGAUGCAGGAGUUCGAAUAGUUAUGGAAUGCUGUAUUAAAGGGGAUCUUUCAAGUGUCCUUUUAAAUACAGAUAUCGAAUACGAACCAAGAUUUAAAUACGCCUUUAUUUACGAUAUUGCAAACGGUCUUAAAUACAUUCAUAAAAGCUCAUUAAAAGUUCACGGUAAUUUAUCCAGUUCUACUUGUCUUGUUGAUCAUAGAAUGACUGUUAAAAUAAGCGAUUAUGGAUUUUUAAAUAGUUUAAAAGAUACUAAUGGAAAUUCUCCAAAAAUGUUAUUAUGGUCAGCACCGGAAGUUCUUGCAGGUCAACUUCCAACGGCUAAAAGUGAUAUUUAUAGUUUCGGUAUUAUAAUUCAAGAAAUAAUGACUCAGGAGUUGCCUUAUUUCAAUAAACAUUCAUCUGAUAUAAUAAUAACUCGAGUUAAAAGUACUGAGACCCCACCCUUUAGACCUGCGUUUAGUGCUGAGUAUUGUGACGAUGCUCUCUUCGCCUAUACAAUAGCUUGUUGGGAACAAGAACCAGAUUUAAGACCUACGGCUAAAGAGGGUAAGAAAAUUGUUAAAACAGGAAGCAAUUUUGUAGAAGAACUACUAGAGUCAUUACAACAAUAUACUUCCGGUCUGGAAAGUGGAGUUGAAAAAUCAUCUAAUAAAUUAAAGGAAGAACAAGCUAAAACACAAAAGUUAUUAGAUUUGUUAAUGCCUAGAAAGGAUGUUGAAAAAUUUAAAAGAGGACUCUUUAUUGAGCCAGAAGCCUAUGAUUGUGUUACAGUGAGUUUCAUCGAUAUAAACGGCUUUCAAGAAUUUUGUAACGAAUCCGAACCAGUGAAAGUUAUACAAUUAUUGAAUGAAUACCAUUCAAAAAUUGAUAAUCUAGUUGCGCAACAUAACGUAUUUAAGGCUGAAAGUAUUGUUGAUACUUACGUUAUCGUUGCUGGUUUAAAUGAAAAGAAUGAAAAUCAUGCCUCAGAAAUGGCUACAAUUUGUACUACUAUCCUUGAAAUAUCUAAAUAUUUCAAUAUUUCAAAGAAUAACCUCAAUCUUAAAGUUAAAAUAGGGAUUCAUAGUGGGCCUAUGGUAUCUUGUGUUAUGGGUGUGCUCUUGCCAAAGUAUUUUCUAGUUGGAGAUACAAUAAAUACAGCGUCUAGAAUGGUUUCGAAUGGAGAACCGCUAAGAAUACACAUUACUGGAGAAACAAGGGCCCUCUUGAAGAAUGACGCCGCUUUUAUCAUAGAAAAGAGGGGGGAAAUUCCCAUAAAAGGAAAAGGUGAAGUAACUACGUACUGGUUAACUAGAAAUCCCAAGACUGAUUCUAAAAGUCAACAUUGAAGACAUUGAUAAUAAAUAGAAUGAUAAAUAGAAGCAAACGAGAGAGAGAGAGAGAGAGAGAGAGAGAGAGAGAAUUAUCCUUAUAGAUAGAUAAAGAUUAACAGACAAAAUAGGAG